AUGGUAUCGUGACGUCAAAUGCGGGGGUGGGGGUGGCGCGCGCGUCGUGACGUCUGUAGGUGGGCGGGCCCUUUGAGUCGGAAGAGCGGCGGGCGCGAGACGCUGCUCGCAGUCGGCAGAGGGGCAGCGCGCGAGCCGGGCAGCACGUGGACCGCGGGGGCAGCGCGCGACGCGGGAGGGUGGGGGUUAACACGUGGACCGCGGGGGCAGCACGUGGACCGCGGGGGCAGCACGUGACCGUGGUGGGGGGCAGCACGUGACCGUGGUGACGAGGAGGGCAGCACAGCGGGGCAGCUCUUGCGCCUCGUCUGCGCGCUGUCAUGUCAUCCCACGGGCCGCGGUGAAAUGGAAGACGACGUCGCGCUGCGGGAGCAGAAGUUCCACAACCGAGUGCGGGAGUGGGUGAUCUGCUUCUUGUUGUUUACGUUCCUCUACAUCACCUCCUACCUGAUCAUCACCCGAUUCAAGAAGAGGACCGACUUCAUUCUGGGAGAUGAUGAAGAUGCAGUGGUGAACAGAAUAGCGCUGUGGAUGUGCACCUUCACGCUGGCCGUGUCCCUCGCGGCCGCCCUGCUGCUACCCUUCUCCAUUGUCAGCAACGAGGUGCUGUUGUCGCUCCCGCACAACUACUACAUGCAGUGGCUCAACGGCUCGCUCGUGCACGGGCUGUGGAACUUGGUCUUCUUGUGCUCCAACCUCUCCCUGGUGCUGCUCAUGCCAUUCGCCUACUUCUUCAUUGAGUCCGAGGGCUUCACAGGCUCCCGCAAGGGAGUGAUGGGCCGUGUGUACGAGGCAGCCGUGGUGCUGUGCCUCCUCGUGCUGCUCGUGCUGGGCAUGGUGUGGGUGGCGUCGUCCAUCAUGGGCAAGGAUCCCGCCAGCACAAAGUCCCUGCGCGGCCUGUGGGACUUCUACCUGCCUUAUCUCUACUCCUGCAUCUCCCUCUUUGGGGUGCUCCUGCUGCUGGUGUGCACGCCGCUGGGCUUGUCGCGGAUGUUCGGGGUGACGGGUCAGCUGCUGGUGAAGCCGCGGCUGCUGGAGAACCUGGACGAGCAGAUCGAGUGCAGCCGGCUGGAGGAGGCGGUGCUCAAGCGGCGGCUCAAAGGUCGUUCGGCCUGCUGGCAGCACUUGAGCGUGGAGGCUCUGAGGGAGAGAAUCUUCUGGGUGAGCAAGGAGCGCAGCAGCAUGGAGCGGAGGGUGGGAGCCUCUGUUUGGCAAAGGAACUUGUGCUUCCCUCUUGUGAUGCUACUGCUCCUGCUGCUCACGGGCGUCUCCGUGGUGCUCGUGUGCUUCCACGUCCUGGUGCUGCUCAUCGAUGACGCGGCAAUGCCCAAGGGAAGCCAGGAGGUGGGCUUUGGGAAGGCCUCUCUCUCGGCGUUCGGGCCUCUGGGAGCCACUUUGGAAGUGGCGCUCAUCUUCUACCUUAUGGUGUCGUCUGUGGUGGGAUUCUACAGCCUGCCCCACUUCUGCACGCUCCUACCCAGAAACCGCAGCAUGCCAAUGACCAAGAUUAUCGGUAACUGCGUGAGCCUCUUGGUGCUGAGUUCUGCUCUUCCCGUGCUGUCCCGAACUUUGGGCAUCACCAACUUCGACCUGCUCGGCAACUUUGGCCGCUUCAACUGGCUUGGCAAUUUCCACAUCGUGCUGUCGUACAACCUGCUGUUCGCGGGCCUCAGCACGCUGUGCCUGGUGCGCACGUUCACGGCCACCGUGCGCCGUGAGCUCCUCCGCGCCCUCGGCCUCUCCAAGCUUCUGUUACCCCAAGUUUCAGUUCUGAGUUCACAAAUGGCAGGAAAGGUCCAUCAGCCUGGUUGCAACCAGUCGAGCAGUAACCAUCAACCCAGCACCUACCAACCUAACACCUAUAAGUCCAGCAGUACCAAUGACCAUCAACCCAGCACCUACCAACCUAACACCUAUAAGUCCAGCAGUACCAAUGACCAUCAACCCAGCACCUACCAACCAAAAACCUACCAGCCUAGCAGUACCAGUAACCAUCAACCCAGCACCUACCAACCUAACACCUAUAAGUCCAGCAGUACCAAUGACCAUCAACCCAGCACCUACCAACCUAACACCUAUAAGUCCAGCAGUACCAAUGACCAUCAACCCAGCACCUACCAACCUAACACCUAUAAGUCCAGCAGUACCAAUGACCAUCAACCCAGCAUCUACCAACCUAACACCUAUAAGUCCAGCAGUACCAAUGACCAUCAACCUAGCACCUACCAACCAAAAACCUACCAGCCUAGCAGUACCAGUAACCAUCAACCCAGCACCUACCAACCUAACACCUAUAACUCCAGCGGUACCAAUGACCAUCAACCCAGCACCUACCAACCUAACACCUAUAAGUCCAGCAGUACCAAUGACCAUCAACCUAGCACCUACCAACCUAACACCUAUAAGUCCAGCAGUACCAAUGACCAUCAACCUAGCACCUACCAAUCUAUUUCCUACCAACCCAGCAGUACCAGUAACCAUCAACCCAGCACCUACCAACCAAAAACCUACCAGCCUAGCAGUACCAGUUACCAUCAACCUAGCACCUAUCAGCCCAGCAGUACCAGUAACCAUCAACCCAGCACCUACGAAGCAAUCACCUAUCAGCCCAGCAGAACCUACGAAUCCAGCAGCAAUUUCCAGCUCAGCAGCGCUCAGCCCUGCAAAUACCAAUCUAGCACCGUUGAGCUCAACACACACCAGCCGAGCAACAACCAAGCCAACAGCAGUGAGCCUUGCAGCACCUAUCUCGGGAAUCAUCAGCCCAGCACCGACCAGCCGUGCAAUACCCAGCUCAUAUCCCAUGAGCUGAACGCCUACCAGCUCAGUAGCACCCAGCCCUGGAGGGACACCGAGAGAGACACAAGCAGGGACACUGGCAGAGUCACAAGUAGGAAUGCCGGGAAAGGCACAAUCGGGGACGGUGGUGGACAGCCCAGCAGGGGCAUCGGCGGAGACACAAGCAGAGACCCCGGGAGAGACGCAAGCGGGGACGCUGGUGGAGACGCCUCCUCAUCUGCCUGCCCAGCGCUUGCCGUGGAGUCGGCGGCGGCGUCGGCGGAAGCCGUGCCCGAGGCCCCCACGCCGCUGCCCGGGUGUACGGCACGACCCUCGCUGCUCGGCGGCCCCGCCGCUCCGUGGGGGGCGCUGCGACGCCGACGUGCGCUGAGCGGCACGUACGACCAGGGCAGCACGGGGUGCCACGCGUGGGCGCUCGGCGGGCACAGCAAACCCCUACACAGCAUCUGAUGGCGCCGGGGCGCCGGCUCGCAGGGUUGUGGGGGGAGGAAGAAGCUUUAUCCACCGAGAGUGUGCUGCCAGGCGCGUUCGCCGGUCCGAAGGCGAUGUGAAUCGCAGGCGCGCGUGGAAACUUUGGUUCCGGAGGGGGGCAGUAGUUGGUGGACUUCAUAACAACCCCCGAGUUCAGCUGUUCGUGUUAGUUCUGCAGUGUGCGUUAUUCACUUGGGUGACGCCAUUGUAAGAACACCCCACUCACAUUUCGAGCGCGAGAGUUCAACUCUGGGUGUCAUCAUCAUCAUCAUCAACAAAAUGAACUCCACGUUGUGGGACGUCGACAGUGCUUGUCCUGUGGAUGUCCUCGACUGGCUUUCCCUGCCGUGGGAGUAUGGAACUUAUACCACUGAUGGAGUUUAUUGCUGCCCAAAUGCCCUUUUGAGCACUGGGACUUUUUUCACUUGUGACUUUUUAUUGAAGAACUGUUUUAAGCUCGUUCGCAUGAAGGACAUCACUGGAACGUCCUCGUUUUACUACGAUUGUCUAAUACUGCACAAGCGAGAGUACGUUGAAUAAAAAAGUAAGCUGGAAUGAGAAAGGAGAAAACUGGAAAA